ACCCUGCUCUGAGGGUGUGACGAAUCAGUCAUCUGGAGCGUCAACAAUAAUACAACCUGUAGGCUCCUGCUGCUACUUUGGGUUUUGGCUCCUCUACCCACCUACUGCCAAAUCAUAAAUUGUGCGAUGGAGGGAGAAUCAGAAGGAAGUGAAGAAGAACUUGGUGCUGGACAAAUGAAUGAAACUGGAGUGUCAGGACCUGAAAGCCCAAAACAGACAUCAAAAACCCAUGACAAACGUGAAAACAUCGAAAGAGAGGAGGAGGUUGAGGCUGCAGACUCUGGUGAACGAGAAUUGUAUGGGGCGUCUGUGGCAGGACUGGACCAGAGGGAUGGAAGACGAGGAGACAGAGGCUGGGGGUGGAGGAGAGGGGAAGACAGUAGAAACAGUGGGAGUGGGGAGUGGAGUGGGAUGGCGUGGAGAAUGAGAGGCAAAGAUGGUUUUGAGAAGAGAGGAGGUUUCAGAGGGUUCAGUGCGAACAGGAGGGGAGGUAGACAAGCCUCCAGACGCCAUCAACAAGACAGAAGUAGAAAUCUAGUCAAGUUCUUAAGUCUAGGCCAAAAAGAAACUGCUGAAGAAAGUACCCUGAGCUUUAAAAAGCUUGAAGAACUUUCUACAAAAGAGCCAUCACAAGUGGCCGUCAGCAUUUCCUCCCACACUGGUCUAAAACCUCUGCUGAGUGAGUCUACAAUGAGGAAGGAACUGGUGGAGCUGCUGUGUCUGGUGCUGAGUAAAGCCUUCAAAUCCCGAGCUGACAGAGGCACCCUGCAGCACAUGGCUGGGAAAAUCAAAGACUCAGGCUUUCUGCGCGCUGUCCUGCCACACUACCUGGCAGGUGUAGGGUCUGAGUCUGACACUGACCGCAGAGAGAAAUAUCCACAGCACCUGGAGAACAUCCUGGCCAUCCUCACACAGGUGCUUAGCAUCUUCCCUGCCAGCACAGUUGAAUCUGUGAAUCUGCUCUUGACACUGCUGACCCCAUCCAUCUGCAGCCUGAGGACUUCAGGAGUGUAUGUCCCAGCUCAGAUAGAGGAGAAUAUGAAGCAUCUUCAACACCUGGUUAGACAUCUCCAAACCAGGUCCAGUGAGGGCACCCUACGUUCACAUAAGGACACAUAUGCUCUGCUGCCUGCUGGUGAAGAAGACCAGCAGGACUUCAGGACUAUUCCCAUCUACCCGACGCCAGAGGAGCUUCGACACGAGGAAAGACCCUAUCUCAGACCUAACCUCACCUCCCAACGCUACCCAAACACCCACCUGUAUCUGGACACACACUUUCGACUGCUCAGGGAGGACUUUGUGCGGCCGCUCAGAGUAGGGAUCCAGGAGCUGCUCUGGACCCAAAUGGAGAACCCUGGGCAUCAAGUAAAGGGAAAGGGAUUGGAUGACAUCAGAAUGUAUCGUGACACAAAAGUGAUAGCCCCUAAAUGCACCAUCAAUGGCCUAGCAUAUGUCAUCCAGUUUAAUGUGGAGCCAUUCAAGUUUGUGCGCUGGCAGAAUUCCAAGAGGCUUAUCUUUGGUUCUUUGGUCUGUUUGUCAUGUGAUAACUUUGAGAGCUUCCUCUUUGCAACUGUGUCACACCGAGACCCAGAAGAUCUCCAAGAAGGAAGAGUUCAGAUCACUUUUACAGAAGAAAGCAGACAUAGGCUGGCCAGGAUUCAGGAAAACCAAGUGUACUUGAUGGUAGAGACCACCGCCUACUUUGAAGCUUAUCGCUAUGUUCUGGAGGGCCUCCAAGAGCAGCAGGAAGACGAGCUUCCUUUUAAAAAGUACCUUGUAGACUGCAGCCCAGAUGUGGAAUGUCCAGCUUAUCUCCACACAGCUGACACUUAUGACCUGUCGGCUGUGGCUCAUCCGGACUUCAGGACCAAAGUCAGGCCAUUUCAAUGCCUGGAUACAGAGGCCUGGCCCACAAUGGAGCAGCUGGGGCUGGACGAGUCUCAGUUCAAAGCCUUUCAGAUGGCCCUCACUAAAGAGCUAGCCAUUAUACAGGGGCCCCCAGGGACCGGAAAAACCUAUGUUGGACUCAAAAUCGCUCACGCUCUAUUGACAAAUCAAAGUCUUUGGAAAACUGCAGCUGAUAAAGCACCCAUUCUGGUCGUGUGUUACACUAACCAUGCUUUAGAUCAGUUUCUAGAAGGUAUCCAUGAAUUCUUGCCUGAUGGAAUAGUGAGAGUAGGUAGUCGCAGUAGCAGUGAGAUGCUGAAGCACUUCAAUCUGAGAGAACUAGCUCUCAGAUAUGACUUCAGAGACAAAUUACCUGCUGACCUGAUAACUGCACACAAUGCUAUUUCCAAAGAGGUUCAGGAUGCUGAGAGGGACCUCGAUAAUCAGGGCCUGUUGCUGGAGUGCUCUUUUAAAGGGGUGCUGCAUGCGAGUGUCCUGCAGCGAUUUAUGUCCGAGCAGCACUGGGAAUGUUUCCAUGCUAAAAAGGUUGUUUUUGAGCGCACCAGGAAGGAAUCGAGUGUAAUAAUGGAGUGGCUGGCCUUAGACAGUCUGUUGCAGACUGAUGUCACGUCAAAUCAACAGGUUAAGACCAAAGACAGUCCAACACUGAAGCAGCCAGAAGAAACCCUCAUUCAUAUAGACGAGCAGGCAGAUGUGUUGGAGGCUGAACGAGAUCUCGAUGAUGAGAUUUAUUCCAGAAGAGGAAGAGGUGAUCAAAGGAGAGAAAACACCGGACUGGCAUUCAGGGCUGCGGUGUUAAAUGUGCUGGCCAUGUUUUUGGAUGAACCCGAAGUAGCUAAAGAACCUAAAGAAGAUCAGAACAAAGAAAGAUGGGAGUAUCAACGUGAACAGAAGAAAAGGUUUAAGAAUAAAAUAAAACAAGAGGUGAGGAAAUCUUCAACCAUGACUGAAGAAGAGGAGGGCCUCAUCACUGAUAUCUGGAGUCUACGUGUACCCGACAGAUGGAGACUUUAUCGACUGUGGAUGAACCGCUACAGAGCUGAACUCCGUACCAAAGCCUUUCAUUUAGAAGAAGUAUACCAAAAUGCAGUUGAGAGACUAGCUGAUGUUAAAAGACAACAGGAUCUUUGUAUUCUCAAGGAAGCCACGGUGAUCGGCAUGACAACGACAGGUGCAGCCAAGUUUCGUCACACUCUGCAGCAGGUGCGUCCAUCUCUGGUGAUCAUGGAGGAGGCAGCAGAGGUUCUAGAGGCUCACACCAUCACCACUUUGAGCAGCGCCUGUCAACAUCUCAUCCUCAUAGGAGACCAUCAGCAGCUACGUCCAAGUGCCACUGUGUAUGAACUGGCAAAGAACUUCAACUUGGAGAUGUCAAUGUUUGAGAGACUAGUGAACAUGAAACUUCCCUACAUCAGACUCAAUUAUCAGCAUCGAAUGAGGCCGGACAUUGCCCGUCUACUGACCCCGCACAUUUACUCAGAGCUGGAGAACCAUCCCUCAGUGUUACACUACGAAAACAUCAAGGGUCUGAACACCAACUUGUUUUUUGUGGAACACACACUCCCUGAAGAGGAAAUCAAAGAUGGAAAAAGUCAUGAGAACAGACAUGAAGCCCAAUUUGUUGUUGCUCUGUGUCGGUACCUCCUUCUUCAGGAGUACAAACCAGAGCAGAUUACCAUCCUCACCACUUACACAGGCCAGCUGCUCUGCCUGCGUAAACUCAUGCCAGCUAGUCAGUUCUCAGGGGUCAAAGUGCAUGUGGUAGACAAAUAUCAAGGAGAGGAAAAUGAUAUUGUGCUGUUGUCUUUGGUCCGGAGCAACAUGCAGCGCAAGGUGGGUUUUUUGAACAUCCCUAAUCGAGUGUGUGUGGCUCUGUCGCGUGCAAAGAAAGGCCUCUACUGCAUAGGGAACAGUGAGAUGCUCGGCCAAGUCAAACUAUGGAGCAACAUCUUCCACACUUUAAGGGAGAAGGAUCAGAUGGGCACAGCUCUGACCCUCUGCUGUCAGAAUCACCCCUCUCGACAUGUCAAAGCUUCUAGUGCCACAGACUUUGAACAGGCCCCUGAAGGAGGCUGCACCCAGCCCUGUGAGUACCGCUUGAACUGCGGCCAUGUGUGUGCUAAAGUGUGUCAUCCCUAUGACCCAGAGCACAAGGAGUAUCAGUGUUUGAAGAAAUGCCAGAAGAUUGUUUGUGAUUUAGGACAUGGUUGUCCACUUGCGUGCUAUGAAAAAUGCAAGAAAUGCAGUGUGCUGUUGGAGAAGACCAUCCCUCGAUGCCAACACAAACAGAUGGUUCCUUGCUACAAGAAUCCUAACAGCUUUGUGUGCCAAGAACCCUGUCAGAAAACACUGGAGUGUGGACAUCCAUGUGAUAAAGUUUGUGGGGAACCCUGCACCUAUGACUGCAAAAUUUUGAUCAACUUCGAUUUUAAGUGUGGCCACAGCAAAGAUGAUUUCUGUUAUUACAAGAGAAGCUACGAGAAGCUAGUUUGUAAAGAGCCAUGUAAACAACAGUUGAAAUGUGGUCAUGCCUGCCCUGGUGACUGCAGCCGUUGCCACCAGGGGCGCUACCACUCCGGCUGUUCCCAGAAGUGUGAGCGUCUUCUGGUUUGCUCUCACAAGUGCCAGGCUCAUUGCACAAACUGCCCUCCUUGUGCUCGUCCAUGUGAGAAUCGCUGUGUCCACAGUCACUGCCCCAGGCAAUGUGGCCAGCCCUGUCAUCCCUGUGUGGAGCCCUGUGCCUGGCAGUGCCCACACCAAACCUGCACCAAGCUCUGCCACGAGCCCUGUGACCGCCCUCCAUGUGAUGAACCAUGUGAUCAGACCCUGGCCUGUGGGCACCCAUGCAUCGGCCUGUGUGGAGAGAAAUGUCCAGACAAGUGUCGUAUCUGUCAUCGUGAAGAAGUCACCGAGAUCUUCUUUGGCUUUGAAGAUGACCCAGACGCCCGCUUUAUUCAGCUACAAGACUGUGGACACGUCAUCGAACGCAGAGCAAUGGACCAAUACAUGGAAAUGGAUGAGAGACAGCAAGAAAACCAGGAAGAAGUGGCAAUCAAACUCAAAGAGUGUCCCAAGUGUCGCACACCAAUACGAAAGAAUCUUCGUUAUGGCUCUCACAUAAACCGCUGUCUGGCUGAGAUAGAGCUGGUGAAGCAGAAGAUUGCAGGAAAUCGGGAAGACAUUAAAUCACAAACUUUGGCCUUAAAGAAACGUUGCACAGAAAACAAACAAAUGGCAGAAUUGACAGGUGCGAUAACAGCCAAAUUGAACAGAUCAACAUACACUGGUCACUUAUCAGUAUUUUCUCUGUGGAUUAUUGAGAACCAGAUCAACUUUUACAGAAGAGUGGCUAAUCUUCUAGCAAUGUUAAAUAUGACCGGAUACAGUCUAUCUUAUCCGUUUCGAAAGAAGUGUAGCAAUCUUCUGGAUUGGAUUGAAGCUCCGCAGCAAAGAUUUACAGAACAGCAGGUGUACGACAUGGAGAGGGAACUAAGGAGACUCACGUUCUUCGCUGAACUGACACCACUCAGCAAUACAACGCAAUACAAACUAACAAAGGACAAGUUUAAAGAGGAGGAACAAAAUAUAGAAGAUGUUCUGGAAAAAUGUGGUCCGUUCACUGAAGAUGAUGAAGCAAGGGUUAAACCAAUGUUAGACGAGUUAAAACUUAAGUUCCCUCACACUGGGUUGGGGAUCAGUGAUGAAGAGAGGAAGAUGAUCGUGUCAGCCGUCCAAAUGCCCGGCCACUGGUUCAAAUGUCCCAACGGUCAUGUGUACCUUAUAACGGAGUGUGGAGGGGCAAUGGAGAGGUCCCACUGUCCUGAAUGCAACGAAACUAUAGGUGGGAGCAACCACAGCCUAGUAAGAGGCAACCAGCUGGCCACCGAGAUGGAUGGAGCACAGGAACCUGCUUGGCCAACAGCACUCCAGCCAUGGCUUGAUUGAACGAUCUCCCAUUGGUUUAUUACUUGGGCUUACCAGGCAAUCAUAUACACUGUUUUUGUAUUUUAUUAGUGUGCUGUGUAGUUUUUAGAGCUAGCAAUACUCAACUAGAAGUAAAAAGAAAUGUCAGCUACAGUAUAUAAAACAUAUUUGGCGAACUACUUAAUACACGGGCUAACUGACUAAUCAUACUCACAUUGUUUUUGUAUUUUAUUAUUGUGCUGUGUAAUCUUCAAAGGUGGGUAGAGUAGCUAAAACUUUUAGACAGUUACUACAAUAUUUAAUUACUAAACUAAAAAAGAAAUUACUAAACUACUACUACUAACUACUUGUAAGAUGACUGUAUGAGUAAAAUUUUUGAUUUGAAGUUAAUCUAAUUGGAAGAAGAAAAAAACAACAGACCUCCAUCCAUCAAUCCAUCCAUUAUAAAGCUUUUGUCAUUUAAAGACUUGCUCAUGGUGGGAAGAGUAUGGACUGUUACUUAACAAAACAUAUACCGGUAACUCAAGUAUUAAAGUAUACAGCUUAGAAAUCUCUACUAGCCUUGCCUGACAAAUCAGAAUGAUAUCUCUUUAUUUUUUUAUACGGCUUGAUUUCAGUCUGGUCCCUGUUGUUUUCAGUGACACAUGUCAAUGAAACAAAGGAGCUCAUUGGUCACCUAUGAUUUACAUAAAAUCAAAUUUCUCUCACCUCAGAUUAACAGAGUUUAGUGCUUCAUUCAUUGAUUGUUUCAUCAAGUAUUGAGUGUGUAUUCUGGAUCCCAGGCAAGUACUACCCACCUUUGGUUCUUGUGUCUGCCUCAAUAUACUCAAGUAUCAUACAAUGUAGUACUGCAAACCUUUACUUAUAGAUUUUUACAGAUUUGUUUUACUUUUCAUGAAUUGAUAAUGUUGAUAUGUAUGGAAUGUUUAAACAUGAAUUAUUAAAUGUGGGAAAUUCAAAUCAACCUACUUAAAUAAUCAAGUUUGUAAAGUUCACUUCAAGUCAAUUUCAAGAGUUGUGUAGUGCUGCUUCUCAACAGUAGAGGGCAGUAAAGCAUUAUGUAUAACAGACAACUUCACUGAUAUAAAAGUCUGCAUAGAUUGUUUUUGGCUGUUUUCUUUUUUUGAUACAAUUUUAUGGUCAUGUGGGAAGAACUAAAUAUGUUUGUGCCUUGUAAGGAUAUUAAAAAACAUUAAACACAUUUUUCUUUAAAUUUUAACUAUGUAGAGUUGUUUGCCAAGUAUAAAUGAACCAACUUUAAAAGAAUGACAUUGUAACUGUAUAGUCAGAGAUCUGGUACAAAAAACACCCAAAAACAUUCCUAUAGAGGUUGGGCAGUCUUACAGCGUAGACUGCCUCAUCUAUCAUUGGGUGGCGGCUCUAAAACAUGCUAUUGUUCAAAGACUUUAAACAUCU